AUGCAAUGGGAUCAUGGCUUCCAUAAACUGAACCAUUGUUAUGCUGAUAACAUAACCACAAUCACAUGUAACAGGAUCAAAGGUCCGAACCAUUUCAGAAUACCAGAGAACCAAGUGUCAAAGAACCAGCAUAUGUAUCUAUACCCCACCUCACAGAUAAAUUCCAAUCAAAACAAGACUUCUAGUGACAAUCAGAGUCAGAAGACCUUUAUCCGAACACCUAGUCUAUGCACAAAGGGUGCAAGACAAAAGACAUUGUCAAGAGAAUCUCGUCUGAGUGUGGUAUCUCAUACCUCCUCACAUGUGUCAACAAAACACGGGAUUCGACACACUAGUAGAAAAACACUUGUUAAGUCGGUUAAAAACAACUUAAGACGAUUGCAAACCUGA